AGCUUUGUGCAUUCGCAGUCAAAGCAGCCUCGUUAAACGAUGGCGUGUGAUGACUGUUCCGCAGUUGCAGACAGGAUGUCUCUACUAGAGAGAAGUGUCCGUGAGUUAGAGCAGCUUUUGUCAGCAAAUGUUACUUUAGACGUGACAGGCACUCAAGAUAGUUGUAGCCCUGCUAAUGAUUGCACUAGCAUAGCCUCAAUGGCUGCGGUAGGAAAUGAGCGUGUACUUUGACGCGGAGGCCAAAAACUGGAGACUGACUGGCUGUUGUCGCAUUUAUUUCUGCUGUGUGAUAGGCUGUUAGAUCUAUCCAUAGAGUAAAAAAAAUUUUCUGAAGUUUAUCAUCGUUAUCGACAUAAAUUUUAUUGUGAUCCCGUAUCGAGAUUGCUUUAUCGUCCAGCCCCAAAUUUAACCAAUCCCCAAUAAUUCCUACAAACAUUUCAAACAGGACUUCAAUGUCAUGUAACAAUUGCUGUUUUUCCCCCAUUUUUUAAUUUAUUGUAUAAAAUGUUUGUGUGUGAGUUUGUUUUCAAAAUGUUAAGUAUCUCAGCAUUUAGUGUAAGUAUUUAACUAGCAGAUAAUGUGCAAAUUAUAGUUUUUUCAGCUUACAUUUGAGCAUUGUUGUAUUUAAUGAUGCAACAAUUGAGUUCACAAAAGUUAAAUGAAUCGGACAGUUAAAGCUAUCAAUACUUAUUUUUAAAAUGUCUUAAUAGUGUCAAUAAACAUUUCUGAGUACAAUUGAAAAUUAACUUUCUGGGUUCUCGUCAUUGAACCUCAGCUGAUGCAGAAAUACUUGACUAAAAUCCCCUCUGUGGGGGAAAAAAAGAGCUUUGCUGAACAAACAAAACACCUGCUAACUAUAAAGGAAGUCCUCAACAUGUGCAUGACACUUUAAAAAAAAAAAGAGUCAGAUUCUUCCCUUUUCAACGAGUUCACUUCACAGCACAAGACAAACAUCUGAAACCAGCGAAAGAACAAUGUCGUCCAUUGGUAACACCAAGGACAUUGUUGUUGGGACCAACACAGGACAGAUUGGUGCUGGUAAUGUAAUCAAUAUUAGCGGAGGAACAGGAGGCCAAACAAAUACUGGUGGCUCAUGUGACACAGGAGGUGGAAGCAACUCUGGAUCCACCGGUAAUGCCAGCGGAGGAAAAGAAUUCAAUGUUGGCAACAUAAGUGACAUGACAGUUGGAGAAAAUAUAGGAGACAUUGGUGCCAAGAACAACUGCAAUGCGAGCGGAGGACAAGGAGUCAAAGUAGAUAUGGGCAACAUACACAACAUGGAUGUUGGAACCAACGUUGGAAACAUUGGUGCAAAGAACAACUGCAAUGUGAGCGGGGGAAAAGGAAUAGAAGUAAAUAUUGGCAACAUACACAACAUGGAUGUUGGAGCCAACGUUGGAGACAUUGGUGCAGGGAACAACUGCAAUGUAAAUGGAGGAGAAGGAGUCAAAAUAGAUAUUGGGAACAUGAGCAACGUUGCUAUGGGACACAAUGCAGGAGGCUUUGGUGUAGGGAACAACUGCAUUGUGAACGCAGGAGGAAAAGGAGCCCAAAUAAUUAUUGGCAAUGCAACAAACAUGGGAAUGGGAUACAUCGGACACAUUGGUGCAGGGAACAAUGUUAACAUUAACAUGAAACCCCCAUCCAAGAGAUAAUAAACCAUGGUACAUCAAAUGGCAUCUUAUCUGUACAGUGACACUGUAGUUGUCAAAUGUAAUUCUUCAAGAAUUUGGUUGGACUUCGCAGAAAGAAAAUAUAAUUAUUUAUUAUAUUAUAUUAAAAUAUGAUAAAGUCACAUGAAUAAACUGUUGAGCUUGUUAAAUUGAGCUUCUAUUUUUAUUUGUUUUAAAUGUAAAAAGUGUUCAUUAGGUCAUUUAAUAAAGAGGAUAAAUUGAUACAGAGUUUCCAUGACGGUCCUUUUGUGUUGUCCAGGGAUGCUCUUAUGAGUAUUGUAGUAUAAACAUCCUUUUUGUCAGGAUCUUUUCCUCUCUUCUUUCUGCUGUUAAGUUUUUCUGAUGUUUGUCACCAGUCACAUUAAGGCCGAUACAUUUGACAUUAUAGCAUGCCUCAACAGCUAUGUAAUAAUCAAUGAAGUUCACAUUUUUAUGUUUUUAUUAUCUGCAUUAAAACAAUCAACAUUAAAAACAAAAUACUAUAAAUCUGCCAGUUUGAAGAUCUGUGGGAAAUGUGACCAUUUUAAAAAUGUAAACAAUUUUUAAAACGUAAAGAAAAACAUUUCAACGAGGACAUCAUUUACCAGCCACAGCGGAGGCGGUUAGAUACCAAAAUUUCAUAGUGACCAAAACAAUCCUGUUUAUGUAUGUGUGUAUAAAACACAUUUAUUAAAAUACCUUUAUACUUUCCUGAAAACCAACCUUAUUACCAUCACAUAUUUCUAUCAAUGCCCACAAACGGCUGGUUAUAUAUACUGUAUGUGGGCUACACAAGGUUUUCACAUUAAUUAACUUGGAUGACUAAAUUAUAGUCAAAACUGAUGCAGCAGAGGCCAAGAUAUCCUGAUUUGGAAGUUUAAAUAGAUGCUUGAUCCUACUACUAUAAAGCAACUCAUUCAUCUCUUUUGUUAGAUCCUCCCUGCUUGGUAAAUAUUCACGUCUUUGAACUACACAAAGUUUGUAACACAGCAUUUUGGUUUAAAAAAUAUGCAGUCCCCAAGCCCCAUCCCAGAUAUUACUAGUUAUUAAUGUCCACAGAGGACAUUGUAGAACUGGUUUCACAGAAUCAACACAGUAGUGCUCCCCAUGACUGGUAAACUGAUUUUUGGUGUAUAAACUCAGUGAAGUUCCCCUUCACUGAUUCAGGAUAUACUUCAUCAUUUUACAUCAGAAUUAAUUAAGAUAAUAUUCAAACCAUGACAUUUAAUUUUCAGUAGAUGCUGACAUGACCCGUCUUCAGUGACAAAGAUUGUGAGAUCAAAUUCUGUGUGCAGCCACUGUCUAUUCUAUACAAAAAUUCAGCAAAAAAUAAAGGAAAGGAAGGAACAUAACAAAUGUGGAAGUCCAACAUACAACUAAGACACUUUAAGUUGGUUUUCCUUUCAUUUGUCACCUGUCUUCUCCUUUCAAUCUCCUCUUUUUUGCCAAAUCUCCUCUCUUACUUCUACUUUUGAUUCUUUGUUUUUCAAUCUUCCUGUAUUUUAAGCAAAGUCAUGAGAAAGUGCUUCAGAACGUGACUGACAACAUGUCCUGUAAACCACAGAAAUGCUUAUGUGCAUGGUAAUAAAACCACACACACACACAUAAACCUCUUUUCUCUUCUCCUGAUUUUCUUUCUUUCUUUUCAAUCUUCCUCUAUUACACAAACACUUGCACGUCUGUCAUGUCACAUUAAUGGCACAUCUUCCUUAACAACUUUCAUAUAUGCUAGUACCAAGUCUUGAUUAGGGUUAAAUUUAUCAUUAGGUAAUAGAAAAUUACAGGUCCUCUUAGAUCUUGAAGAUACAGGUUUUAUGUAAAUCAAUAUAAUUCUGCUGAUUGCCCACACCGAUCCUAUUGGUGUCAUUAUCAUAAUGGACUCAGAUAUCGACUAGUAAAAUAGAAUAGAAAUACUUCAUAGAAGCUACACUUCAACUGUGACUGUGUCUGAAAUCACUCCCUCAUUAACUCGUUCACUACUCCUGAUAUAACAGGCAUUAAAUAGUUUACUCAAUAGUGAGCAGACACCUAUUAAUCAUCAUUAUUUUGCAUCAUCACUCACCGGUGAAGUAUCAAACAAUGCUAAUUUUAAG